CUUUCUACGCUUCUCUUACCUGUCAUUUAUACUCAGACAGUCGCCGGGGAUUUGUUUACUCUGUGUCAGAGUCGUCCAGAAACAUUCGUCCAAGGAGGUUAUACUAAUGCAUAGAUACUCUCUUGAAGCAGUAUAGAUUAGAGUGCUUGCUUAGACAUGGCGUCUCGCGUGAGGGGAAUGUGAAUAGCUGGAGGAACGAAUAACCUCUUUGAGAACAUGAUUUUCGACCUGCAAUCUUCGGCCAACACAGCGGAUUUGAGCGAGUCCAUCGAGGAAGGACAUGUAAUGGGCGGGGGGCGUCCAACGGCCGGGGGCGAUGAGCCCCGUCGGAAACCUAGGAGUCUCCCCCCACUCACGCAGAAGCCUAGAAGCCCCGUCAUUGCUGCGAGUCCUCUGGACCACGAACUCGGCUCCACCCGCUUCAUAGGAUCCCCCCCUCCAACAGCCCUGCGUGCCCAUGAGUCCUCCGCCUACUCCGGGCGAGAUGACAACGGCAACUCCCUCCAGCACAGCCGGCGGGGGAGCGAAAGCGGCCUGGAGGAAGAGGAAGAGGAGCACGAACAGACGGUGUACAAACCUGCCAAUCCUUCUUUGGAGCUCUCCCAGCCGAGGAUCACCCUCAACACGGCUCCGAGGAAUGCCUCGCCGCCCCCCGCCCAUGCUUUCAUCUCUGCCGAUAGGGGAGUGAGGUCCCCCGUGAUCGGGUCAGCGUCCUCUUUGUCGAUGAGGUCUUUGGCGGCGAUGGCUCGGGAUAGCUUGUCUCACAGCCAGGAGCUGGCUCCACCUCCUAAGCUGGUCACCUACCGGUCGGAGGGCGGGGCCGAGGCUGUCCAGGAAUGGGUCCCAGACGAAACUGGGAUGGGUUUAGCGACGCCCCCUCGAAAGAACUCGGCCCCUUCUAUCCGAGACCUGCCCUCUCCCAUGAUGGGGAGACACGGCCUCACCAGACCUCCCCCUCCUCCCCUGAACAACAGAAGGUCAAGAUCGACAGUCAAGCUAUCACCUAUACACAAGGAAGCAUAAAGGAUUCCGGAGGAGCAGCCCCAACCCCCUUCCUUGCUUAUAUUAACAAUAAUAAUAUGAAUUCCAGUCCAGAUUUUAUCUUGUAUUUAAGUGUUUUUGGUGUUGGGAUAACUCACUCGAUUUUGUUACUGUAUCUUAAGCUCGUUCGUUCUUGCAUAUGAAUAGGAUAUAUAUAAUAUAUGAUAUAUAUAAAAAUAUGCAUAAAUACCUCUCUUGGUUAGUCGUGUUGGUAACAAAACCUAAUGUUUAAGGUAUCUUAAGUAUGUAUGUUUGUGCUUUUCAGAGGGACGUUUUGUCCUGAACAUAUAUUGCCAUUUUUCUUGUCGAGAUGAAACAAAACUCAGACGACAAACCUAAUUCAAGUAUGAGUUACUUUCUUUGUUACUGAAUCAUCUUAAUUAAUCAGACGGCGUGGAUAAUAACCUGUUUGCUGCAAAUACCUUCGGUUUGUAGGCGAUGUUGGAUUUGUUAGGUAAAUUCGCCAGUAGUCUCUGGUGCUAAAUAUAAAACCGUCCAAAGGUAGGAAGCAGUUAGAAAUCAGUUGAUACUGUUCUUAGAAUCAAUCAAAUAGCAAAUACUCCUGUUCUUGGAAUCAAUAAAAAAAAAAAGGAGACUCCUUAGAGUCAAGUUAAAAAGCAGAUACUCCUGUUCUUAGAGUCAAUCAAAAUGCAGAUACUCCUGUUCUUAGAGUCAAUCAAAAAGCAGAUACUCCUGUUCUUAGAAUCAAUCAAAAAGCAGAUACUCCUGUUCUUAGAGUCAAUUCAAAAAGCAGAUACUCCUGUUCUUAGAAUCAAUCAAAAAGCAGAUACUCCUGUUCUU